UACCUUAUCACAUGACCGACGUGAAUAUCGCCAUAUUUGUCAGCUCGCCAUUUUCAGGCACCGUUACAGGUAGACAACUCCGUCCCGCCAACGUCUGCUCACACCGUUAACCUCCAGGUUUAGUAACGGUUUAAGAUAACAACCUUCCCUUCGUAAUUUAUGGACUGUUUAGUGGGUCUAUGAUAUGGAAUAUUUCAUUUCGUACCAUUCUGUUGGACAUUUAACCCUCUCGAACUUUUCAACAUGGCGGAAUCCAAACUUCUCAAUCGCCUCUCAGAAGACUUCCUUGAGUGUCAGAUCUGCCUGCAGCCCUACCACCGGCCCAAGGUACUGUCUUGUCUUCAUUCCUUCUGCCUGCAGUGUCUUGUAGAACUUUUGAAGAAACAAAAGGUCAAAAGUGAGUUAGAUUGCCCCACCUGUCGCAGCAAGACUUUACUUCCGGGUCGUGGGGUCGCGGAACUGAAAGAUAAUUUCUUUGUGGAGAGCCUGAAGGACACGGUUGACGUCCACAAGAAGCUGACUAAUGAAGGAGAGAGUCUGGUCUGUGGGAGCUGUGAGACCAAGCCAGGGGCGGAGUACUUCUGUGCGGAAUGUGGUGAGUUUUUGUGUUACGAAUGUGUAGCAAUUCACCGUCGUCUGAAGGUCACCAGAGGUCACCAGGUGAUCGGCGUAGAGCAGCUCAAGGCCGAAUCCGACACAGUAAGGAUGAAGCCUCGUCACUUGCCACCCUGUAGGAUCCACUCACAGGAGACCUUAAAGUUCUUCUGCAUCGACUGUAGCGAGGCUAUUUGUCAGGUAUGCACUGCUCUGUCCCACAAGGACCACAAGUACGAGUAUUUCACCGACACAGCUAUGAAGGCAAAAGAAGAUAUACUCGCUCUUCUUGGAAAAACCGAAAAGAAGAUGGUGGAUCUUAAGAAUGCUGACCAACUGGCGCACGCACAGAAGACCGAGUUGGAGAAAAAUGUAACCGAAAGCAUCAAGAAGAUCAAGAGGAAAGCAGAGCAAACUAGGAAGGAUUUAGUUGCGCUUGUAAAUCAACAAGAGGCCGAGUUAUUGGAUUGUGUUAACACUGUGAGCCAGACCCGGAGUAAGGAGUUCUCCACCGCUAUAGAAGAGAUAGAAACGGCGACUGUGGCGUUAGAGAGCGCGGCAGAGUUCGGACGGAACAUCGUGGAUCACGGGUCAGAGUUUGACAUCAUGGCGGUCAGCGGAGACGUGAACAGCAGACUAAAGAAACUGUUACAGAUAGAUCUUACCAACAUUACAGAUGAAUUACCUGCGAAGGCUUACAUCGCUUUUGAGGAGGAGGAGACGUCAAACAAGUUGAAGCCUUGCAUGGGAGAAGUCAAGACAACGCAGGAUUCAGGUUUCCGUACUGCCCGUUUCACGACCCUCGGUACCACCGGCCGUCUGGGCCCGACCAGCCUGGGGACCCACUACCGCGGACAGGACCACGAGGGGCUGGUGCAGCUGAAGGACGGGAUUCAGUACUUCACUGUACCGCAUACAGGGCAGUACAGGAUAGAGGCGGCAGGUGAAGUGUUGAAGAUACUUGCAGGCCAAGAGGGAGCGGAGAACAUGUCAAGCCAAGUCGUCGGUGGUGGAGGCGGAACCUUCGUCACCAAGACGGACAACACGCCGCUGAUCGUGGCGGGGGGUGCGGGGGGAGGUGAUCUCUUGAAGAAAAGGAACCCCAAUAGUGACGGUACAACCGCAACAGCAGGGCAGUACAGCUCAGGUGGUCGCCGUAACUUUGCAGGAGGUUCUGACGGGGAAGGCGCCACAGAAGGGUGUGCUGACCUUGUAGGUGGGGGAGGCGGGGGGCUCCUAACGGACGGCGCGAGCGGGAAAGUUCACUUUGGUGGCACUGAUGGAAAUUAUGGGGGUGAGGGUGGGAAGGCUUUCGUGAACGGUGGAGUCGGUGGGAGGGGGGUGAACUAUAAUGCAGAGGGCGGGUUUGGAGGAGGGGGAGGGAGUUACGGCUGGGGAGGUGGGGGAGGAGGAGGGGGUGGGUACUCAGGAGGAGGGAGGGGGGAUAACUCACGUGGUGCCUGUGGCGGUGGAGGUGGCUCCUAUAACUCAGGAUCAGACACCAGUGGUGAAGAAGAAGCAAAUGACGGGCCGGGAUAUGUUGUACUUACCAGGACGAUAUAA